CUGUAUUCCCAUAGGAGUUGUUAGAGAGAGAGAGAGAGAGAGAGAGAGAGAGAGAGUAGAGAGAGAAGAGAAUGUUCCAUCCAAAGAAGCCUUUAACUAUGAAUUCUCAUGAAAGGCCCAUGUGCGUUCAAGGAGACUCAGGUCUCGUUCUCACUACAGAUCCAAAGCCUCGCCUCCGGUGGACAGUCGAACUCCAUGAACGAUUCGUCGAUGCUGUUACACAGCUUGGAGGCCCCGAUAAGGCCACACCGAAGACGAUCAUGAGAGUUAUGGGUGUUAAGGGCCUUACUCUCUACCAUCUCAAGAGCCAUCUUCAGAAAUUUAGGUUGGGAAAGCAGCCUCACAAGGAGUUCAAUGAUCAUUCACUAAGAGAUGGUGAGAGAGCUUCGUCACUAGAACUUCAAAGAAACAAUGCAUCGUCGUCCGGAAUGAUGGGCCGUAACAUGAACGAGAUGCAAAUGGAGGUGAAUAGAAGACUGCAUGAACAAUUAGAGGUGCAAAGACACCUUCAACUGAGAAUUGAGGCACAAGGGAAGUAUAUGCAGACAAUUUUGGAGAAAGCUUGCCAAACACUAGCCUGCGAAAACAUGGCGGCCUCAGGGAACUACAAAGGCAUGGGAAAUCAUCAAGGGGUGCCUGAAAUUUCAGGCAUGAAAGAAUUUGGACCGAUGAAUUUUCCAUCUCUUCAAGAUCUCAACAUUUAUGGAGGUGAUCAACUUGAACUUCAUCAAAGCAUGGACAGAUCAUCCAUUGAUGCAUUCAUGCCGAAUAACGAUACCUUCCUUAUGGGCAACAAAAAAAGGCCUAUUCCAUAUAACAACAGUAAUGGGAAGAGCCCUUUAAUUUGGUCUGAUGAUCUGAGGCUGCAAGAAUUGGGUACGGCAGCAUCAUCUCUUGGUUCACAAGAUGAUCCUUUUAAGGGUGAUCAUCAAAUUCAAAUUCCACCGCUGUCAACUGAUCAUAGAGGGAAUGAUAUCGAUUCAGUUUCAGAAAUUUAUGAAACAAAGCCGAUGCUUUCCGGUGAGGUUAUGGGGGAGAAGAAAUUUGAUGCGGCGGCGAAGCUGGAGCGGCCCUCACCCCGUAGGGCGGCGUUUUCAAAUGAGAGGAUGAACACUGUCGUCAGUGCUGGUGGCAUGGCACACGGGAGAGGCUCGCCAUUCGGGUGAAUUAUCCAUGUCAUGCAUACUCGUUAUUAAUUACACGUUCUUCAUGCUUCUAAUUAAGGGUAAGUUUUAGGGUUUUCGAUCUCGCUUUUGGAAGUUAAUUACUAACUUUUGGCUACCAUAAUCUGUAUAAUUAAUGCUAUGCGUUAAUUGGAACUUAUACUAUCAGUAUCAGGUUUUGAGUUGUUAAUCCUGCAUUUUGAGCAAAUAUAUCAUCAUGUUACUCUUCUUAA